CGCGCAGGCUCCCUGGCUGCACCGGGGUCGCUCCCGAGCAGGGUGAGAAUACGCUCCUCCGCGUCUUGGAGGCGACCUGGAAGAGCCGGGACGAACGCACUAAGUCCUCAGAGGAGGAAACGGCCAAGCAGAGGCGCGGAGUGGCCGGGAAGAGACUGCUCGCAAAGUCCGGAAGCCCUCCCGGAUCCACCCUGCGGCGGCCGCGCGACCCCGGACCUGCGCAGUAGCGUCGGCGGCGGCGGCGGCGGCAAGAUCUGCUGCGGCAAGGUCCGCGGCGUCCCCCAGCCGGAAGGUCCGGCAGCCUCAGGCCGCCCGACGCCUCCCGCGUCAUGUCGGCCCAGGGCGACUGCGAGUUCCUGGUGCAGCGAGCCCGCGAGCUGGUGCAGCAGGACCUGUGGGCCGCCAAGGCUUGGCUGAUCACGGCCCGCAGCCUCUACCCCGCCGACUUCAACAUCCAGUAUGAGAUGUACACCAUCGAGCGGAACGCGGAGCGGACGGCCACCGCCGGGAGGCUGCUCUACGACAUGUUUGUGAAUUUCCCAGAUCAGCCCGUGGUGUGGAGAGAAAUCAGCAUUAUUACAUCAGCAUUAAGAAACGAUUCACAGGAUAAACAAACCCAAUUUUUAAGAAGUUUAUUUGAAACUCUUCCUGGUCGGGUUCAGUGUGAAAUGUUACUAAAGGUUACGGAACAAUGCUUCAACACUUUGGAACGAUCAGAAAUGUUGCUUCUACUUUUGAGACGAUUCCCUGAAACGGUGGUACAGCAUGGGGUUGGCCUUGGGGAGGCACUAUUGGAGGCUGAAACUAUUGAAGAGCAAGAAUCUCCUGUUAACUGCUUUAGAAAAUUAUUUGUGUGUGAUGUCCUUCCUCUAAUAAUUAACAACCAUGAUGUUCGGUUGCCUGCCAAUUUGUUGUAUAAGUACUUGAACAAAGCAGCUGAAUUUUAUAUCAAUUAUGUCACUAGGUCUACUCAAAUAGAGAGUCAGCAUCAAGGUGCCCAAGAAACGUCUGAUUUAAUGUCACCGAGCAAACGUAGCUCUCAGAAGUACAUAAUAGAGGGGCUGACUGAAAAAUCAUCCCAGAUCGUGGACCCUUGGGAGAGGUUGUUUAAGAUUUUGAAUGUUGUUGGAAUGAGAUGUGACUGGCAGAUGGAUAAAGGAAGACGAAGCUAUGGUGAUAUUUUGCAUAGAAUGAAGGAUCUCUGCAGAUACAUGAACAACUUUGAUAAUGAAGCUCAUGCAAAAUAUAAAAACCAAGUGGUUUAUUCCACUAUGUUGGUCUUCUUUAAGAAUGCAUUUCAGUAUGUCAACAGCAUACAGCCGUCUCUAUUCCAAGGUCCUAAUGCCCCUAGCCAAGUUCCACUGGUCCUUCUGGAGGACAUAUCAAAUGUAUACGGUGAUGUAGAAAUUGAUCGCAAUAAACACAUACAUAAAAAGAGGAAACUAGCUGAGGGAAGAGAUAAAACCAUGCAGAGUUCGGACGAUGAAGACUGUUCAGCAAAAGGAAGGAAUCGUCACAUUGUUGUCAAUAAGGCAGAACUUGCUAACUCGAUCGAGGUGUUGGAAAGCUUUAAGCUGGCCAGAGAGAGCUGGGAGCUGCUCUAUUCCCUGGAAUUCCUUGACAAGGAAUUCACAAGAAUUUGUUUGGCGUGGAAGACGGAUACUUGGCUUUGGUUGAGAAUCUUCCUCAAUGAUGUGAUCAUCUAUCAGGGUCAGUAUAAAAAGGCCAUAGCCAGCCUGCACCACUUGGCAGCUCUCCAGGGACCACUUCCUCAGCCACAGAUCUCGGGACAAGGGACCUUGGAGCAUCAGAGGGCGCUCAUCCAGCUGGCGACCUGCCACUUUGCCUUGGGGGAGUACAGA